ACUUAUAUAUUUGUAAGCUAAAAUAUUGUUUUAGAAUUCCAAAUUUAAAAUGCCUCCCAAGGGACAGGGUAAAAAGAAAAAGGAGGUGGACUGGGCCGACGAUGAGCAUUUCACCAAGGAGCGUUCGAUGAUCUACAUCGAGCAUACGUACGAGUGUCCCAUUUUCCAGACAAAGGCCGACGAGUGUGGUGUGUUCCUGCAGCAGAGGAUUCCGGAGCGCAAGUUCCAGCUGGUGAAGAACAGGUAUGGUCAUCAGGUUCCCCGGGAAGGAGCCUUCGAGAUAUUGUUCUCCCAGAAUGCCCGCACCUCCACGCAUCUUUUGUGGUCCGGCUUGGAUCGGGGUCCUCCGCGUCAGGACAAGUUCCCCAUGGACUAUGAACUGCUCGUUCCGGAUGUGAACAGGAUACUCAAGAAAUUCUAUCCCGACAAGGCGGUGGGCGUGCUCGACGAGGAUGAAGAGGAAGAGAUGGAGGAGCUGUAGACAAUUGCAAUAUUUUUUCCAAAAUUGUUAUUAAGUCUUUACCAUAACAAUGGCCAAUAUAAGGCGUGAAAAGUAAACAAUCAGCCAGAGAAGACCUGUUGGGGAAACUUUGAGACGUCAUCCACCCACGUUAAAUGCUCGGCGAUUAGUGCGAUUCUUGUUUGGCUUUUGUGCGGAAUAUUGCUCUCAUUGUUUGUUGCCCCCUCAACUGACGUCCUGACAUCACAAUUUGACAGCUCUUUUCAAAAGUUAAAUGCUUAAAUCGACCAGAAUAAUUAACCAAAUACAAUACAACUCGCACAUCAGCAGUCAACCGAGAUGUGCGAUGUGCAUAUAUAUCCCCAUAUUUAUAUAUAUAUCCAGCACACCCCGGGGACAUUAGCGACGUCCUAUUGUCUGCCAGAGAAAUCAAAGCGACGGAAUCGGGGGAUGUUGUGGGUGACACUAUCUCGUUUGCUUGGUGUUGACACAACAAAUAACC